GAGAAGAGGAGGCGGACGAAGAGGGAAAGAAUCAGGACGACGAAGUUGCAGCAGUAGCUUCCAAUUCGGACGACAAAAGCGGUAACAAUAUGAUCCAACAGACCACUGCAGAAACAGAACUACAGUUGCCAAAUGUUGCAACAACAGCAGGAGCCCCAACAUCUUCUAGCAAGGAGAAGAAACCCAAAGAACCACAGAAGAGGCAACAGCAAGGGUCUUGUCCUCCUUCACCGAGCCUUGCUGGCGAAGAGGCAGGUGGUGGUGGGACUGCCAAAGACAUGGAGAGGACUGCCAAAGACAAGAAUGAUGAGGAGACUUCCGAACGAGAUAUUAGUGAGGCACCUCAAAGCGAGGAGACUUCCCGAUACCGAGAUGCAGGUGGAGAGAGUGAAGCACUCCAAAUCACGAAACGGUUCUUGA